UUGGAAUGCAAAUUACCUGUCUGUGGAAUCACUCUGGAGGAUAUAAAUAUGGACAGAGCCAGAUCAGUGCCUAAGAAAUUAUUCCUACCGAAGAACAAUGGAGUCCUAUUGUACUCUGGUUUUAAUAGCAGGAAUUCUGGUGGGUUUUGUGUUACUGGUUUUAAUUCUAAGGGAUUAUAAGUCCUUCAAGGCAGAGAUUCCUCCUGAUUUUGACCAGCCAUCAAAGGUCCGCUUUUUUCACUGUCUGUACGUUCUGAUGGAAAUUCUGGCCAAGAACUUAAACCGCCUGGGUAUCGUUGAGGAGCACACGGUGAUCAGGCUGAUCACGGAUGGGCUGCCAGUGCUGUGGGAUCCACAGCUCUUCAUUAGGGACCUGCAUUUUGAUGGUGUGCCCGUGAGGAUUUACCUCCCAAGAGAACCAUCUGCAGGCAAACGGAGAGGAGUUGUCUUCAUCCAUGGAGGAUGCGGGAUUUUCGGAAGCCUCAGAUCUUAUGAAAGAGUGUGCCGGUACAUAGCCAAAAAAUCUGAUUCAGUGGUUGUGUCAGUUGGGUAUCAUUUAUCACCUGAGUACAAGUAUCCAGCCCAGACUCUGGAAUGUCUCUCAGCUACUGUGCACUUCUUGCAGACUGCAGACACCUACGGGGUGGAUCCCACUCGGAUUAUUGUUUGUGGGGAUAGUGCAGGGGGCACAUACGCUACCAGUGUUUGCCAAGAGCUGGUGCACAGGACAGAUCUCCCAAAGAUCCGUGCCCAGGUGCUCAUCUACCCAUUUCUCCAAGCACUGAACUUCAAUCUGCCCUCUUACCAGAAAAAUGCUUUCAGUGCCUUCCUGUCCCGGGAGCGCACAGUCCGCUUCAUUCUCAAGUACCUGAAUAAGGACUGCUCCCUGAAGGAACCGAUUUUGGCAGGUUCUCAUGUUCCUGAGAGCGUGAAUUUGAAAUACAGGAAGUGGCUAAGCCCCGAUCUUAUCCCAGAGGUGUUUAAAGUGGGCUAUGAAGCACCGUUACCCACUUCAUUCUCACCCCGAGUCCACGAGCAAGUCCCCGAGCUGUUUGAGUGCUGGUUUUCCCCGCUGCUGGCAGAGGAUGCUGUUAUUUGUCACCUCCCUGACACCUGCAUUGUCACCUGUGGGCACGAUGUGCUCAGGGACGAGGGGCUGCUGUACAAGAAACGCUUGGAGGACAACGAUGUAAGAGUCACGUGGCACCACGUGGAAGAAGGCUUCCACUGCACAAUGGAGUUUUUUGGAUAUGGCAUUUUCUCUUUUCCAUCGUCAAGUACAGUGCUGAACCACGCUGUAGACUUCAUAAAAGGCUAUUAAAAUAUUUUCUUUCGUACUGCUAUGCAGAAAGAGUGUGACUCAAUUAACUAUUUACUAGUUAUUUGUACAUUAGAAUCGAGGCAAGAAAUUGUGGCAUUAGCAUGGUCUGCUCAGUUCUGAUUUUUACUGCUAUAACUUAGCAACAUCCUAAUGUGUUUUUAUUUUUAUUCUUUAUUUUGUAAGCUUGCUUUGCUGUUCUCUUCAUGUGUCAAAG